CACAGCUGGCCCGGAUUGGUCGUGCUCGCUCCCUCCUUGGCACGGAUUGGCCGAGCCUUCCUCCUCCUCCGUCUCAUCUUCCUGGGGCACCGGCACUGCCCGGCUGCAGCUCCUCCGCACUGACCACAGAGGGACCGGAGGAUGCCCACGCAUCAGCACUCGGUCGAUAAGAUGAGGAGACACUCCUGCUUUGUUUUUUUCUUCUGUGGGAUAUUUUUGCCUGGAAUCCUUGGUUUUCCACAGACAAAUACCUCAAUUGAUUGUGAUUCUCUGUUACCGAACUAUGAAGCUGAACCACAGACCUCUGCACCACCAUAUAUUAUUGCUGUAUCUUUUGAUAACUUUGAACCAGGAAAUGAAGUACAAGUAACUCUAGAAGCACUUGGAGAUGCUGGGUUUAGAGGAUUUAAUCUACAAGCCCGAGAAAUAGAUGGAGAUGUUCCUGUUGGUACUUUUAAAAUUACAGAUCCAAACACUAAAGGCUUGGAAUGUCAUAACAUGACGAAUUCAGCAGUAAGUCAUGCCAAUUCAGAUGUGAAACAGAAGGUUACAACAACAUGGAUUGCUCCACAUGAUGUUGAGGAGCUUCAGUUUAUUGCAACUGUUGUUCAAAACCUGGAUAACUUUUGGGUUGGAAUUCAAAGCAAAACUCUCACACCUACGCAUUCUGAGUCAGUUAAUGCGACAGGAAAAAGUAAAAGGAAGCUUAUGAUCGAAUUAGAAUGUAACAAGCGUGGAGGGACUUACUCAACAGGCCGAUGCAUCAUGGUUGGACCUUCCAGUUCCUCUCAGAACAGUUAUUCAAGCAGUCAGGGUGGAGUAGUCUACACAAUAAGCAAGAGUGGAUGUGGCCCUGGAGGUGCUGCUGGUGCAUAUGGCUCCCAUGCCUGCAGAGAUAGUGCAUCCUUAUCCAGCAGUGGUCUUACUUAUGGCCAGUCUGUCCCUUCAAGCAGUUCAGAUUCCAGUAAGAAGGUAGUGGUCGUUGCCAACAGCAACCCUUUUCCACCUGUGCGUCACACCUUCCCUCAGAGUUUGGGAAGCUCUGCUACAAGGAUCAUAGUACAGAGUGGACAAAAACAGCAAACCAGCAGCAGUACUUAUAUCCAGGGUUCCCAAGGCAGCCAGUCCUAUGGUCAGGUGUACAGACCUCAAGGUGGCAGUUCCUAUGGACAGGGGUACCAGCCUCAAGGUGGCAGUUCCUAUGGCCAGGGUGGACCAAGUUACUCAGGCAGCAGCAGCAGCUCCUAUGGCCAGGGCUCCCAGCCUCAAGGUGGCAGCUCCUAUGGACAGGGGUACCAGCCUCAAGGUGGCAGUUCCUAUGGCCAGGGUGGACCAAGUUACUCAGGCAGCAGCAGCAGCUCCUAUGGCCAGGGUUCCCAAGGCAGCCAGUCCUAUGGCCAGCAGGGUGGAUCUGUUGCUUAUUUUGGCAGCAGUGGCUGUGGACAAGGUACCUCCUAUGAUAGCAAUCCCUGCCACCAGGGUGGAUCACAGGGUGGUCAGCAGAGUGGGUCAUCAUCCUCCCAAAAUUAUGGUGACAACCAGGAUGGAUCCUACUCACAAAACUAUGGUGGUGGCCAAGGUGGAUCAUCCUCAGACACCUAUUAUGAUAAUCAGGAGUCACAAGAUUCCUCAUAUGAUAAUAAUCCUAACGCUUGUGAUGAUAAUGACAGUACCUACAGUGCCAAUAGCCAGCGUUCUGGUUGUGCAAAGAAGAAAGUUGUUGCCCGAGACACAUCACAUGUUUUAAGCAAAAGAGCCUAUGAUGUACAGAAUGCAUCUUCUCCUUCAAAUAGCAGCCAUUCUGACGUGCAGGGUGGAUCAUUUAUUGCAACCAGUGGAUCAAGUAAUCAGGGUGGUUGCAUUUGUCCUGAUGGAAGCAGUGGUCACAGACAGGGAGCCCCAGGUUCUUCAUACAGCACAUAUUCUGGUAACCAGGGAGGGCCUUUCUUCUAUCCUGGAGGAUCCUAUGGACAGGGCGGCCCAGGUUCUUCCCACAGCUCUUACUCUGGUAACCAGGGAGGGCCUUCCUACUAUCCUGGUGGAUCUUAUGGACAGGGUGGCCCAGGUUCUUCCCACAGCUCUUACUCUGGUAACCAGGGAGGGCCUUCCUACUAUCCUGGUGGAUCUUAUGGACAGGGAGGGUCUUCUUCUUAUGAUGGCAGCAGUGAAUCCUAUGGUCAGGGUGGAUCUUCUGCAUAUAGUGGUUCUGACACUUUUGGCCAGGAUUCAGCUUCCAUGGGAGUCAGUGAAACUGAAGAUAGUGAGUCCUCCUCACCAUCUGGUAGCCGCCAGAGUGAACGGGAUUUUUAUUCCCCAGGAGGCAGCCAGUCAGGUGGACAUGGAUCAUCUUCUCAAAGUGGUAGUUACUCCAGUGGACAGGACUCAUACUCAUCUGGAAGCAGCCAGUAUGGUGGGCAGGGUUCACCUUCCUCAGGAGGCAGCCAGUCUGGUGGACAGGGUGGAUGUGAUUGUUCUGGGGCAAGUUCUGGUGGAUCCUCUACUUUAGUCAGAAGUGAUUCCUCUACAAAUGACUCAUCUUCUUCUGGAGGCAGCCAGUACAACAGCCAGGAUUCAUAUUCCUCUGGAGCUAGCCAGUAUGGAGGACAUGAGUCAUCUUCUUAUGGAGGCAGCCAGUAUGGUGGACAAGGUUCACCUUCUUCAGGAGGCAGCCAAUAUGGUGGACAGGGUUCACCUUCUUCAGCAGGCAGCCAGUAUGGAGGACAGGGUCCAUAUUUCCCAGGUGGCAGCCAUUAUGGAGGACAGGGCUUUUCUUCAGGAGUCAGACAGUCUGGUGGACAGGGUGGGUGUGUGUGCCCCGGUGGAGGUUCAGGCUCUUUCGCAGGAACCAACUACCAUGGUGGACAGGGUUCAUAUCCUGGAAGCAAUCAGUAUGGUGGACAGGGAUCUUAUCCCUCAGGAAGCAACCAAUAUGGUGGGCAGGGCUCAUAUCCUUCUGGAGGCAGACAACCUGGUAAACCAGGUUCCUCUUCCUCAGGAGGCAGUCAUCAAGGAAAGCCAGGUGGCUCUGGCUCAGGAAGCACUUACUCUGGGAAACCGCAAUCACCUUAUUCAGGCGGCAGUCAAGUGAGCUCUGCUGGGAAACACUCCACUCCCCAACUCCUGAUGUUUUUCAGUGUUUUGAGUGCCUUUGCUCUCUCUGCUGCUGUAUCAAAAUGGUCUAUAUGAACUUCUGAAAUGUUACUUGACAUCCUAAACACAGAUUGUAUUCCGUAUUAUUAGAUUAUGUAAUGUAAGAAAAAAAUACCAUUAAGUCAAA